GUGUCGCAAUUUCUUCCCGUCCAUUUUUUCCGAGUGUCGAGUUCCUCGAAGGUGUCAGAUCUCGCACCUUACUGGUUCUUCCCCGUCAGCCAUCAACUACCAAGACCAAAACUACACCAGCCUUCGUUGCGACCUUUCCAUUUCCCACCCCCCCGCCAUCCCGCCCCGAUUCGGACGCGACUCCGGAGGCAGCCCCGGGGGCGGCGGCGCGCGCAGGUUGCUGGCGCCGGCCGGUGGUCAUGGAGGAUCCGGGCAUCGAGGCGAAGGAGGCGGCGGUGCGGGAGGUCGCGAAGCUGCUCCCGCUCCCGGAGCUCCUCUCCUCCAUCGCCUCCAUCAAAUCCGACUACCUCGCGCGGCAGCAGACAAAUGAUGCACAACUCAGUACAAUGGUGGCAGAACAGGUCGAGCAAGCCCAUGCUGGCAUCAGUGCUCUUGCGUUAUCUCAGGAAACAAUACACAAACCACGUGAGAACUUCAUAGAUAUAGACAAGUUGUGUCAGGAGUGUCAAACAUUAAUUGAGAACCAUGACAAAAUCAAGCUUCUUAGCAAUGCAAGAAACAAUCUGAACACAACUUUAAAGGAUGUGGGAGGUAUGAUGUCCAUUUCUGUUGAAGCAGCUGCAGCACGUGACUCAUUAAGCAAUGACAAAGAGUUAAUCCACACUUAUGAGAGGUUAACUGCUCUUGAUGGGAAGAGGCGUUGUGCUUUAGCAGCUGCUGCAUCUCAUAAGGAAGAAGUUGGCCGACUAAGAGAAUACUUUGAGGAUGUUGAUCGAACAUGGGAAACAUUUGAGAAGACACUAUGGGACCAUAUCACUAACUUUUUCAGACUUUCAAAAGAGAGCCCCCAGACAUUGGUUCGAGCUUUAAGGGUUGUUGAAAUGCAAGAGAUCUUAGAUCAACAACUUGCAGAAGAAGCAGCUGAGGUUGAGGGUGCAGGUGCUAUGGCGACAAUAACAAACCAACGUAGAACUGCAAAAAAAGGUGCAGGGACAACAGCUACCCCAAGAAAGGGCACUCAAGAGAAAUCAAAGGUACAGGGAAAGGGCUACAAGGACAAAUGCUAUGAGUCUAUCAAGAUGGCUGUUGAGAGCCGCUUCAACAAAUUGCUUACCAAGCUUGUUUUCUCAGAGGAUUUGAUGGAAGCUUUGGAGGAAGCUAAGGCAAUAGGAGAAGAGCUUGGCGAUAUAUAUGACUACGUCGCGCCAUGUUUUCCUCCUAGAUACGAAAUUUUCCAGCUCAUGGUAAACCUAUAUACUGAGAGGUUCAUUCAGAUGCUAAGACUUCUCAGUGAAAGAGCGAAUGAUAUUCAAAAUAUAAAUAUCCUGAAGGUAACUGGUUGGGUUGUGCAAUAUCAAGAAAAUCUUAUUGGCCUUGGCGUGGAUGAAUCACUUGCCCAAGUUUGUUCAGAAAGUGGUGCAUUGGAUCCCCUCAUGAAUAUGUAUGUUGAGCGUAUGCAAGCAUCAACUAAGAAAUGGUACACUAACAUUUUGAAGGCUGACAAAACACAACCACCAAAGAGUACCGAGGAUGGAAAACGCUAUACACCUGCAGCCGUGGAUCUAUUCAGAAUAUUGACAGAGCAAGUCCAGAUAGUUAGAGACAACAGCACAGAUGUCAUGCUAUAUCGUAUUGAUCUUGCAGUUAUUCAGGUCAUGCUUGAUUUUCAAGCAGCUGAGAGGCAAAGACUUGAGGAGCCAGCUUUUGAUGUUGGUUUGGAAUCUCUAUGUGCAUUGAUUAACAAUAACCUGUGGUGCUAUGAACUUUCAUCAGAUCUAAGUAGCAGUACAUUGGAGGCACUUCCGCAAAAUUAUGCUGAACAGGUUAAUUUUGAAGACACUUGCAAAGGAUUUCUUGAGGUUGCCAAGGAGGCAGUCCUCAAAACUGUUAGUGCUAUUUUUGAAGACCCAGGUGUGCAGGAUCUACUUGUGAAGCUUUACCAGAAAGACUGGCUAGAACGAAUGGUUACGGAAUUUCUCGUCGAGAUUUUUGCUGAUUAUUUUGGGGAUGUUAAACUGUAUAUUGACGAAAGAUCAUUUCGAAGAUUUGUGGAGGCUUGCCUGGAGGAAACUAUUGUCGUGUAUGUUGAUCAUCUCCUUACUCAGAAAAACUACAUAAAAGAAGAAACAAUUGAAAGGAUGAGGCUAGAUGAAGAAAUGCUUAUGGAUUUCUUCAGAGAGCACAUUAAUGUGACAAAAGUUGAAAGCAGAGUGCGGAUCCUGGCUGAUCUGAGGGAGCUUGCUUCAGCUGAGAGUCUUGAUAGCUUUACUCUCAUUUAUACAAAUAUUCUGGAACAUCAACCUGAUUGCCUGCCUGAGGUCGUUGAGAAGCUUGUGGGAAUGCGGGAAGACAUUCCAAGAAAAGAAGCCAAAGAGGUUGUACAAGAAUGCAAGGAGAUAUAUGAGAACUCUCUCGUGGAUGGCAACCCUCCAAAAUCUGGUUUUGUGUUCGGCAAAUUGAAGUGCCUGACAGCACGGAAAGGCAUAUGGAGUAAGCUUGGGCAGUGAGGAUGCAACGAUUUCAGCGAAGUGGAUUCACGUACCUCUGACAAAGAUUUCUUUUCUCAUUUUUGAUCAUGCUUUUGUUUUUUUUUAUCAAAUCUACUACUGGGGUCACGUUUAAAUUGUAUGUGUGUAAGCCGUAGCGUGAGAUCAAGAAUGUACAUUUUUCUUUGGUUAGCAACAGAGAAUUUUGGUGUAAAAAAAUUGUAUGUUUCGAAAGCCUAUUUCUAUUUAUUCAAUAAAAUGUCUAAAGAUGUAACUA